UUCAACGGCGGAAAUGUCACUCAUGAUCCAUGCCUGGGUCUCGCGCUAAGAGUGCUCGGACCCGCUGAUCCUAAACAGAUCGUUGGGCCACCCAGGGCGCCACGUUAUUUGGCAGAAUUUGCCUGGUUGAGANNAGGGAUUAUCAGUGUCAUGGAGUUUGGCGUUCUCAUCUCCGCUGGCCAUCAUGAUGAACAGCGCCGCGUAUCACUUCUCGUAGUGCUGUUUCAUAACGACCUUCCGAAUGCGUGGGCAACGAGUGUCGCUCACUUGUCAUCGAUGACGCAGAGCUUGUGUGGUCUGAAA